UUCCCACAAUUCUCAGACAUCCUAAGAUACAUGCAGAUUACAAACAAGAGGAUCAAGCAAGAGCGAAACAACACCGCCGCUUCUAUCUCCAUGUUUGCGCCGCCGCCGCAGCGCCUCUCUUACGAAGAAGAAGCCUCGGUAAUGGUGGCGGCGUUGAAGAAUGUUAUUACUGGAGAAGCGGCGCUCUCAAGCGCGGCUAACGAUUUCAGAUUUCUGUACUCCGGCGGCGGUGCCGACGGGAUCUUCUGUGUUUCCGGCGAUAUGGAGACGUGCGGAUUCUGCGGGAUUAAAGGGUGCUUGGGGUGUAAUUUGUUUAGUGAGGAGAAGAAGGCGAUCAAUGCGCCGGCGGGGAAGAAGAGGAAGAAGAAGAACUACAGAGGAGUGCGGCAGCGGCCGUGGGGGAAAUGGGCGGCGGAGAUACGGGACCCGCGGAGGGCAGUGCGCGUGUGGCUGGGGACGUUCGAGACGGCCGAGGACGCGGCGCGGGCGUAUGAUAGGGCGGCGAUUGAGUUCCGGGGGCCGCGGGCCAAGGUCAAUUUCCCGUUCUCGGACUACACCGCGGCCGCGGGAUCCUCUGCUUCUGCUGCUGCGAUGAGCUCUCAGCAGCAGAAGCGGAAAGCGGAAAGGGCGGUUGAGGCCCCUCCGAAGAAGAUUAGUAAACAGGGGAAUGGGGGGAUUCGGGAAACGGAAUCGAGCAGCAAAAAUCAUAGUGGUAAUAUUUGGGAUUUGACGAUUGGGGAAGAAGAGAUGGAGCCGUGGAUGUUUAUGAUGGAUUUCAACAAUGGCGAUUCCUCGGAUUCUGCUAAUGCCGGGAAUGUUCAAUGCGUGUAGUGAUAUUGUUGAAUAUAGAGAGUAGAAAUGUUUAUUUUUUGCUAAUUAAGUUUAAAUAAUUAGAUAGCUGGUUUGAAGAUUUUUUUAUUCAAACGGUUCCUAUAUUUUUCUUUUAUCUACUAAUAGUUGUGUAAACUGCUAUUGAAUAGUUAAAUAUAUUGAUUUAA